AUGAAGGAAUUAGUCAACCUUGCAGGCCCUACGAUCAAGAUCAUCGAGAGGCCGAUCCCGGAGCCGGCAGAGGGCCAGGUCUUGAUCAAGGCGGUGGUCGCGGGCACCAACCCCAAGGACUGGAAACUUCCUGAUUUUGCCCCAGGGUAUCCAUUCGAGGAUGAUUCGAUGAUGGGAAGAUCCAAACGUGGACUGAAUCAGGGCGACGAUAUUGCAGGCAUUGUGGAGAAUGUUGGCACGGGCGUGCUUGAGUUCAAGCCAGGUGAUCGAGUCGCAGCUUUUCAUGAAAUCGCCACUCCAGGAGGCUCAUAUGCCGAGUACGCCAUUGCGUGGAGCUAUACAAUAUUCCACUUGCCACCGACAACCUCUUUUGAAGAAGGAGCAACAAUUCCCCUAGCAGGGCUGACAGCUGUUGUUGCCUUGUUUGAUCAACUCAAGCUACCUUUGCCGUGGAUCCCUGCAACGGAGUCAGUCCCCUUGAUCGUUUACGGUGCAAGCACUGCUGUAGGCUCUUUUGCAAUCAAAUUGGCCCAACUCUGCAACAUUCACCCAAUCAUCGGCAUUGCUGGCAACGGCGUCCCUUUUGUCGAGACACUGAUAAAUAAGAGCAAAGGAGACGUAGUUUUUGACUAUCGCGGUGGUGUUGCGGAAACAGUCAAGAACAUCAAGUCCUACCUCGGAGGUACCAAUAAGCGCGUUGUUAAACACGCCAUCGAUGCCGCCAUCGUUGAGCAGAGCGCCCAAGUAUUGCGUGAAGUUGUGCCGGAGGGUGGCAAUGUCAACUUUUUAUUCCCCAAUGAGUUUGACGUUUCACCUGCGACAAAGACCCUCACCAAUGUCUCUGCUGCCCACAAUGCCUACGAGCAGAGGAGGGUUGCCUGCAGUGGAGCAAGCUCUAAAGGAUUUGAAAGCCGGCAAGGCCAGUGCUGUCAAAUACGUCGUGCCGAUCUAAGCAAAAGCCGGAGCUGUCAUAGAAUAUGGGAAUAA